UCGGGGUUUUCAUUCUUUUAAGACUAAAUAAUGGCUUCCACUUUGAUGUCACCGAUGGUGGAUUAUUACAAUGACGAAGAGGAGCUUGACAGCAUGGAUGAUGACGAUGAUCGGAGUUUUGGAGGGAGAGAAUCUGAAGAAGACACAGAAGAUGCCAGUGAGACAGACCUGGCGAAACACGAUGAAGACGAUUAUGUGGAAAUCAAAGAACAGAUGUAUCAGGAUAAACUUGCCUCCCUGAAAAGACAGUUACAACAACUCCAAGAAGGCACACUCCAGGAAUACCAGAAGAGAAUGAAAAAGCUCGAUCAGCAGUACAAAGAGAGACUUCGUAACGCAGAUUUGUUCCUCCAACUUGAGACAGAGCAGGUGGAGAGGAACUACAUCAAAGAGAAGAAGGCAGCUGUGAAGGAGUUUGAUGACAAGAAGGUGGAGUUAAAGGAAAACCUGAUUGCUGAACUGGAGGAGAAGAAAAAAAUGAUCGAAAAUGAGAAAUUAACAAUGGAGCUAACGGGUGAUUCCAUGGAAGUAAAACCCAUCAUGACUCGGAAGCUUCGGAGACGUCCAAACGAUCCCGUCCCCAUUCCAGACAAACGGAGAAAACCUGCUCCUGCUCAGUUAAACUACCUACUCACAGAGGAAGAGAUUAUGGAGGAUCUGCGAACGUUGAACAAGUUGAAAUCACCUAAACGACCUGCCUCCCCCUCCUCUCCUGAGCACCUCCCCUCUGCUCCGAUGGAGGCCCCCACGCAGCGUUACGAAGCACGGAUAGAGGAGGGCAAACUCUACUACGACAAAAGAUGGUACCAGAAGAGCCAGGCCAUCUAUCUGGAGUCCAAAGAGAACACCAAGAUCAGCUGUGUUAUCAGCUCAGUGGGAACAAACGAGAUCUGGGUGAGGAAGACGAGCGACAGCACAAAGAUGAGAAUUUAUUUAGGACAGCUACAGCGAGGAGCCUUCGUCAUCCGCCGUCGCUCGGCCACGUAGACCGUCACUCCACUUUCCCUCCAUCUUCAUCUCCUUCCUCUCCACCCUCUUCUCUCUCUUUUUUUUUUAUUCUUUCUCUCUCUCUCUCUCUGUCUUUCUGUUCCGGCUUUCCAGUCACUCAUACCUUCUCGUCAUGUCGUUUGGCUUUGUGUCUGAGUUCUUUUACUGACCGGCCAGAGGAGAACAGAAAGGAAACAGGAGAACAGAAAGGAAAGGUGGCGUCCCGUCAGUGAAACAGUUGACAGAUGAAAUUUGUACAGUGUGGGGAAUGGUGUCGCUGCAUUCGUUCUUUUGACGUCUUACACGUGAACAUGUCAUUUUUUGGUUACGGCGUGAGGCAGGGACGGUGGGAUUACUGUCGCUGCUUUUAAUUUAGUAUGUGGAUGA